AUGAUGUGUAUCUUUUGCUUAUGUAUAUGUUCACAUGAACUCCAUUUUGCAGCCAUUAACGUUGGAGUUGCUGGUUGCUGCACUGGCCUCGCCCUUAGUUUCCCUGGAGCACCACAAGCAAUGCUACAAAGCUGUCUCACGUAUGGUGCCUUCUCUUAUAUCCUGGAAGGACUCAACAAAAGGCAGACAGCUUUGGCUCACUCUGUCUCCUUGAGACAUCAGAGUAGAAGUCUGAAAGAUGAUUUACCACUCUCUUUGGCUCUCCCAAACCCUGAAGAAAUCAAAGGAGCUUUCUCUUCUUUCUGCAAGUCCUUAACAAAACCAAAGAAGCUCGCAUUUCCCCGCGCAAGUUGA